AAGUAUAAUAUAUAUCAUAUCAUAAAAUCGUCGUAUAUAUAGCAAUUUGAGGCUGAACAUGACUCAAAUUGCGCUACAUUGCCUUUUACUUAGCUUGGCGCUUGUCUUUGGCCACUGCCAAGCGCGCACCGACUCCACCUCCGAUGCGGCCGUUAAUCGUAAUCUGCUCGCCGCCGAGCUGUACAAUGCGGUGGGCGCUGAGCGGCUGAACGAGAAUCUUGUCAUCUCGCCGGCGAGCAUACAAAGCUCCAUGGCCUUGGCGUUCUAUGGAGCCAAAGGUCAGACGGCCAUUGAGCUGAAGGAGGGCAUGCGCUUGGGCGUGGGCGAUGGCGAGCAGGUGGCUCAACGCAUCGGCAGCUUCCAGCAGCAGCUGACGCGGGAGAACAAUCUGCGGCUCGCCAACAAUAUUUAUAUCAAUGAGAAUCUGGAGUUCAAGGGCGCGUUUCGCGACAUGGCGCAGCGUCAAUUCGACUCGAACAUCGAUAAGCUGGACUUUCAUCCGCCGUACAACAAGCGCACCGCGGAGAACAUAAAUCGCAUUGUGGCGACCAAGACGAAUAAUCAGAUACAGCACAUAUUGAAGCCGGAGCUGCUCAACGAUCGCACCGAGGGCGUCAUAGUCAAUGGCAUUAGCUUUGCUGCGCCCUGGCAAAAGUCCUUUAAGCUUUCCAAGACGGAGCGUCGCAGCUUCCGCACUGGCAAUGGCCAGAGCGUGCAGGUGGACACCAUGUGGACGCACCAGAACUUUAACUACGCCGAGGUGCGCAGUCUGGACGCCAAAGUGGUGGAGCUGCCAUAUCAGAAUAAUCAGUUCUCCAUGCUCUUGCUGCUGCCCAAUCGCAAGGAUGGGCUGCGUGCUCUGCAGCAGAGUUUGGUGGGCAAGAAUCUGCUGAGCGAGCUCGGCGGCAUGAGCAUGCAUAAGGUGGAAGUGCUGCUGCCCAAAUUCAGCGUCACCUUUGGCGUCAGUCUGGAGCAGCCCUUCAAGCAGUUGGGCAUAACUACGAUGUUUACGCGUGAUGGCGACUUUGGCAACAUGUAUCGCAUGUUUGUCAGUCACUUCAUCAACGCCGUUGAGCACAAGGCGCAUGUCGAAGUGUCCGAGGGGGGCGUGGAGGAGCCCUUGGAAUCCGGCGUGCUCAAGAGUUUGUUCUCGCGCUCCAAGAAAUUCGAGGCCGAUCGUCCAUUCGUCUUUGCCAUCAAGCACAAAGACUCGAUUGUCUUCAUGGGCCACAUUGCCAACUAUGCCUACGUUUGAUUUCGAGUGGACCACCCUAGGCUCGCCUAAUUUAUGUAAAUUUCCAAAGCAAACAAAUAAAAUUUGUUAAUCAAUUGCAUGAAACAAAAGCAGA